AGACGGCGAUUUCCUUUAGUUCACACUAGACAUCAUGAGGUUUCUAGUCGUGGUCCUGUUGUUCGCCUUGGCGUAUGCCAAGCACGAAAAAUAUGAGGGAUGGAAGUCCUACUAUGUGGGACCAGCGUCCGCGGAACAGCUGAAGAACCUUGGACCUAUCCUCGAUCAGUAUUCUGUCGAUGUCCUGAGUCACCCCAUCGUCCAACGGGAGGGCGUUGUUCUUGUAGCUCCGAAACACCAGGCCGGGUUCACCAAGGCUUUGGAAGAUUUGGCUAUUGACUAUAAGGUUCAUGCUGAGAAUGUUAAAGCUGCCUUGGACUACGAUGAUACACUGAUUGCAGCUAAGAAGGCUCGAGACUUCACGAGAAACAGCGGAAGAAAUGUUCCUUAUGACAACUAUCAGACUCUGGAUACGAUCUACGCUUAUUUAAUCGAUGUUGCUGCUCGUUUUCCUAACACAGUCACUUUGGUCAACCCCGCGAAUUCGUUCGAAGGCCGUCCCAUCUACUACUUAAAGAUUUCCACCACCAACUUCCAAGAUGAAAGAAAACCCGUGAUCUUCAUUGAUGGCUGCAUCCACGCUAGAGAGUGGAUUUCACCACCUUCUGUUACCUGGAUGAUUCAUAAGUUAACCGAAGAUGUGACUGAGCCUGAUCUUCUGGAGAAUUUCGAUUGGAUCAUCCUGCCUGUGGUUAAUCCUGAUGGAUAUGCCUUCACCUUCUCAUCGGACCGUUUCUGGCGGAAAACUCGAUCAACUGACAACCACUCGUUAAGUGGCUCGUGUCCUGGAGUAGACGGCAACCGGAACUAUGACUUCUUCUGGGGCACCGUUGGCACCAGCAACUCACCUUGCGAAGACACAUACGGCGGGAGCCGAGCCUUCUCCGAGGUCGAAACCAGAGUUGUAAGGGACCUCCUCCACGAGUACCUUCAUCGCAUGGCUUUAUACUUGACCAUGCAUAGCUAUGGCAGCAUGAUUCUCUACGCAUGGGGUCAUGAUGGAUCUCUGUCUCACAACGCUUUCGCUCUCCAUACUGUUGGUGUCAACAUGGCUACUGCCAUAGAUGCCGCAAAACUGCCGAGAUUCUCUAACUAUACUGUUGGCAAUUCUGUAUUGGUGCUUUUCUACGGCGCGUCUGGUGCCUCUGACGACUAUGCGCAUCUUAUCGGAGUUCCUUUGUCUUAUACUUAUGAACUGCCUGGUCUCCAGGGUGGUUUACAAGGAUUCCACCUUGAUCCUAUUUACAUAGAGCAGGUGUGCCGUGAGACGUGGGAAGGCAUCAUUGUUGGAGCUAGAAGAGCAGGGGAAUUGUUUAGACGAUAAGAAUUUGAUUAAAGUAUCUCAUAUUUU